GAAACUCUACUUCUGUUUCCCCAUCUGAGUUCAGAGUAGAUGAGAGAUGUAAUGUUUGUCUCUGUUGUGUUGAAGCCCAAUCAAGCAGGAGAGACCAGCCUCCCCUGUACCCAGCUGUGUGUCCAUGAAGAGUGACCAGUCUAUGGGUACACCUAUAAUGUUUAGAGAGGGAGACUUUUCUACUGGACAAAGAAACCAACAGGAGAGAUCAGAGUCAGAGAUUCUCAGUGGUCAGUCUUCCCAGAGUCAUCAAACAGACCUGGCCUCCAUAUUCAGUAUGCUUGAAGAGAAUAUUAUCACAUUUGUGAAGAACGAGCUGAAGAUGUUCAAGAGGAUUCUUAGUCCAGAACUCCCAGAAGGCUUUGAGAGUCAGAAGCAGGAUGAGGAAGUGGUGGAUGCUGAAGAUGAGAAGCAGGAGAGCAGUGCCAGAGAGGGGGCUCUGAAGAUCACACUGCACAUCCUGAGGAAAAUGAAUCAGAAGGAGCUUGCUGACACACUGGAGAAAAAUGAGCUUGCUGUGAUUUGCCAACGUGAACUCAAAUCUAAUCUGAAGAAGAAGUUUCAAUGUGUAUUUGAGGGGAUCGCUAAACAAGGAAACCCAACACUUCUCAAUAAGAUCUACACAGAGCUCUACAUCACAGAGGGUGGAACAGGAGAGGUCAAUAAUGAACAUGAGCUGAGACAGAUUGAGACAACAACCAGGAAACAAGUAAGACCAGAGACUGCAAUCAAAUGUAAUGACAUCUUCAAACCGUUAACUGGACAAGACAAACUUAUCAGAACUGUGCUGACAAAGGGAGUCGCUGGCAUUGGAAAAACAGUCUCUGUGCAGAAGUUCAUUCUGGACUGGGCAGAAGGAAAAGCAAAUCAGGAUGUCCAAUUUGUAUUUUCAUUCCCUUUUCGGGAGCUGAAUUUGAUGAAAGGGGAAAAACACACUUUGAUUGAACUUCUCAAUCACUUCUCAAUGGAAAACAAAGAAUCAAGAAUCUCCAACUACAACAAGUACAAAGUUCUGUUCAUCUUUGAUGGUCUGGAUGAAUGCCGACUGCCCCUAGACUUCCAAAAGAACAAGAUCUGUUGUGACGUCACAAAGUCAACCACAGUGGAUGUUCUGCUGACAAAUCUCAUCAAGGGAAAUCUGCUUCCCUCUGCUCUCCUCUGGAUAACUACCCGACCUGCAGCAGCCAAUCAGAUCCCCCCUGAGUGUGUUGACCAGGUGACAGAGGUACGAGGGUUCAGUGACCCACAGAAGGAGGAGUACUUCAGGAAGAGAUUCAGUGAUGAGGACCUGGCCAGCAGAAUCAUCUCACACAUAAAGACAUCAAGGAGCCUCCACAUCAUGUGCCACAUUCCAGUCUUCUGUUGGAUUUCUGCAAUAGUCCUUGAACCCAUGCUGAAACAUAAGAAAGAAGAGAUGCCCAAGACUCUGACUGAGAUGUACACACACCUUGUGGUGUUUCAUACCAAACAGAAGAAUGAAAAGUAUCUUGGGAAAGAAGAGACAGGUCCACACUGGAAUAAAGAGAGCAUUCUGUCACUGGGAAAACUGGCUUUUCAACAGCUUGUGAAGGGCAAUCUGAUUUUCUAUGAAGAAGACCUGAAAGAGGCUGGCAUUGAUGUCAAUGAAGCCUCAGUGUACUCAGGAUUGUGCACACAGAUCUUUAAAGAGGAAUGUGGGCUGUACCAAGACAAGGUGUACUGCUUCGUGCAUCUGAGCAUUCAGGAGUUUCUGGCUGCUGUAUAUGUGUUCCUUUCAUUCAUCAACAACAAUGAGAAUCUAAUGGCCAAACCGCAAGUUACUGAAGUUAAUGUCUACAAGAGUGCUGUGGAUAAAGCCUUACAAAGUGAGAUGGGAAACCUGGACCUUUUCCUCCGCUUCCUUCUGGGCAUCUCACUGGAGUCCAAUCAGAAGCACUUACGAGGUCUUCUGACAAAGACAAGAAGCAGCUCACAGAGUCAUGAAGAAACAGUCAAGUACAUCAAGGAGAAGAUCAGGGAGAAUCCCUCUCCAGAGAGGAGCAUCAAUCUGUUCCACUGUCUGAAUGAACUGAAUGACCAUUCUCUAGUGGAGGAGAUCCAAAGCUACCUGAGAUCAGGAAGUGUCUCCAGUGAAGAACUCUCACCUGCACAGUGGUCAGCUCUGGUCUUUGUGUUGCUGACUUCAGAAAAGGAGCUGGAAGUGUUUGACCUGAAGAAAUAUUCCAGAUCAGAGGAAGGUCUUCUGAGGCUGCUGCCAGUGGUCAAAGCCUCCAGAGCUGCUAUGCUGUCAGGCUGUGGAGUCACAGAGAAAUGCUGUGCUUCUCUGGUCUCAGCUCUGAUGUCAAACCCCUCACACCUGAGAGAGCUGGAUCUGAGUAACAAUGACCUGAAGGAUUCAGGAGUGAAGCUGCUCUCUGCUGGACUGGAGAAUCCUCACUGUAAACUGGUGACUCUGAGGCUGUCAGGCUGUCAAGUCACAGAGGAAGGCUGUGCUUCUCUGGUCUCAGCUCUCAGUUCAAACUCCUCACACCUGAGAGAGCUGGAUCUGACUAACAAUGACCUGAAGGAUUCAGGAGUGAAGCUGCUCUCUGCUGGACUGGGGAAUCCCCACUGUAAACUGGAGACUCUGAGACUGUCAGGCUGUCUAGUCACAGAGGAAGGCUGUGCUUCUCUGGUCUCAGCUCUGAAGUCAAACCCCUCACACCUGAGAGAACUGGACCUGAGCUACAAUCACCCAGGAGACUCAGGAGUCAGACUGCUCUCUGCUGGACUGGAGGAUCCACACUGCAGACUGGAGAAACUCAAUGUGGAACAUGGUGGAGAGAACACAAUGAAACCUGGGCUUAGAAAAUAUGUCUGUGAUCUCACACUGGACCCAAACACAGCACACAGACUCCUCUCUCUGUCUGAGGAGAACAGAAAGGUGACAUGUAGGAGACAGGAGCGGCGGUAUCCUGAUCACCCAGAGAGAUUUGAGGUCUGUCAGCAGGUGCUGUGUAGAGAGGGUCUGACUGGACGCUGUUACUGGGAGGUAGAGAGGGGUGGGGGAGGGGCUGAUAUAGGAGUGACAUAUAAAGGAAUCAGCAGGAGAGGAAGGGGUAAUGACUGUGUUAUUGGAUCCAAUGACAAGUCCUGGAGUCUCUUCUGCUCUGACAAAAGUUACAAUGCCAGGCACAAUAAUGCUCACACUACCAUAGACGUCCUCUCCUCCAGCUCCCACAGAGUAGGAGUGUAUCUGGACUGGCCAGCCGGCACUCUGUCCUUCUACAGAGUCUCCUCUGACACACUGACCCACCUGUACACAUUCCACACCAUAUUCACUGAGCCCCUCUAUCCAGGGUUUAGGGUUUAUGAUGUUAACUCCUCAGUGUCCCUGUGUCAGGUGGUCACUGUGUCACUCUAAUCAUGUGUUUUAUGUUUGAUCACAAUACGACAUUUAAAUACAUGGAGUAACACAAA